GAAUCAUACAUCUGUAUGAUAUAUCAGGAUGGAGUCCAUUUUCGGCACGAUCUUGUUUUUAACCCUCAUCCCACUUGUCUGCAAUGCCGAGGAAUUAAGUGUGAACGAGUUUGCCACCGGCUAUUUGGGAAUGGAAGUGAUGCUCCCAUGUCAGUUACAAACUUCCCAACCGGGUCUGACAGUAAUCCAGGUCACCUGGGCGAGGAAAGCUGAUCAAUGGAGAACCCUGGCACUCUGCAAUCCAAAACAUGGAACAAGCUACCCACAGCGACCCGGCUCCUCGCGGCUACGAUUCAAAAAUCCCUCUUGCCAGGAUGCCACGCUGGUAGUUUCAGAUCUGGAAAUGAGCGAUUCAGAUGUAUACAAUUGCAAGUUCACUACAUACCCCAAUGGAAGCAUAUGGGGGGAUAUCAUCCUGAAAGUACUAGCUGAACCCCUGCCUGAAAGGCGCAGGCAUACCCUUUCCGUUGCAGUUUAUGUGGUGAUGGUGCUGCUGCUCGUUACAAUGUCAAUUCGCUUAACAAAGCUAUUCUGUACAGCACGGAUUCAAGAUGUCAAGAACAGAUCUCCUGGACUGCAGCAGGGUGAUUGCACAGUGGAAUAUGCCAUCUUAAACCUGAAAACUCCCCAAGCAGCCGAGAGGCAAGCAGAAAAAUUUCCAGAAGAGAAGGUGACUGACUCCACGACGACUGUGUACGCAGUAGUGUACGGCAAAUCAACACAUCCAAUUUUUACUGUAUAAGUGAAUUUGCCCAAUGUAUUAAUUUAUGUGAUCUGUGCGAGUAACAGUCCCGGUUAAUGAGUAUGAAUCUGUCUAUAUUGCUCUGGUAUUGUUACUCAUAAAGCACUGAUAACACUCAAGGAUCUACCAUGGAUCCCAUGAUUUCCUGAGGUAAUGCCAAACUCCUAACUACUUACCUAGGCUUCCCAUUCCAUAAGCCAUUGUGACUAAUAGGCUCUCAAAGGGCAGGCAGGGUAAGGAGUGUUCCCGAAUAAAACCCUAUCCUUUUUCCCAACCUUAUGCAAUUAUAUUCCGUAAUUCUUUGAAGGGUGAGAGUGGCAUUUAUCUCCAAGUUGGGGUAACAAUUUGUGCAUCUUUAUUCGUUCCUCUGAGGUGAAUGGUCAAUGGACUCACACAGGCACUUCGGCUAAUUUACUCCUUAUUUAGGGUACACAACGUCUGCCCUGUCUGUUGUAACUCCAAAAUAGAUCCUAUGUGGUUUGAGCCACACAGUCUAGGAAGCCACAAGCAGCGAGUAGCCGAACGCUUCCCAAUCCUGUCUCAAGGAGUGAGCAUGGGCCAAAACGUAGCUAACCAGGCGAUACUCUGAAAGCAUGUGAUCGCUGCAUCUAUUAUGUCUAUCUCCUGCAAGUGGAGUGCCUGUUCUUUUGUGAGUGGCUGCAACUAACAUGGUUAAUUCAACUGCUGAAGGUUGUUCAAUGCAAAGGCAACAAACGUUUGUACAGAAGCAAAAAUAAUGCAGCUGCUGGUCAUCUGAAAGGGAAAACGGAGAACACUGAAAUUGUGCAGCUGGUCAGGCUGCAACUGUGGCGAGAGAAGCAAGAAUCAAUUUUUCAUGCCAUUGACCUUUCUUCAGAUAUGGAAAAAAAAGAAAAGUUAUGCAUUAGGCUUAAGCAAGUACAGACAGAAAAACAUUGUUUCAAGGGAGCUCAGAAUAAGAUUUGCAAGGAAAUUCCACUUUCGAUUCAACACUUUACUUCCUGCCAGAUUCAGCGUUGAGUUCCACAAUUUCAGUUUACAACUGAAUCAAGUCUCAUCUUUUAUUUUCAAAGAGGAAGUUCUGGUAAUUAUUCCACUGUUGCAAUUUAAACUCUAUAGAUAUGCUUUCUUUGCAUUCACUUUUCACUUUUUUGCAUUACUUUCCUGUGCACCAUCAUUCAUUUUCACAUCUAAUCUCCCGCCUUGCUCCCUCCCACUAACUGUUGUUAUUUCCUGCUGCCCCUGCUUUUGUACUUGCUGAAAACGUGUUGCAGUUCAAACAAAUAUCAGUUGUGAUAAUGGAUCGCCCUUAUGAGUUCACUCUGUUUUCCUCCCCACAGAUGAUGGCUGACCUGCUGAGCAUUUAUUAACUUGCAUCAGAUAAUAUAUAGGGGAAAUGGUUCUAUUUUCUUACUUAUGCAUGAACUAAUAUUUUCACUCUUAUGUUUCACUGGGACUUAUUUUUGAUUCUCUGAAUUUAAAGUCACUCAUUACUAAGAAAUGAGUAAGUGAAUAAGUGAACAUUUGUGUAGGUUCGAGAAUUGUGCAAAUUUUUUGAAUGUAAAAGGUUGAAAACUU